AUGAAAAUCCAAACCAUCAUCAUUGGAGAAUACCAAAUUUCACCUGCCGUAUCAUUUUGUUUAUAUCAACUACCUUCACCACUGGUAACACCACCGAGAUCACUCAAUACUCGAGAUCCUCAAGAUCAAUACUUCAAUUACUUUUGCUUGGAAGAUUUGUUUGCAAUCUUUGAUCUUCAUUUGAUUAACCAAAACUUGAUUCGCUCCUAUCAGCACUAUCCUGGCUUCUUUUGCAAAGAUGAAGCAGGACGCUCCUAUAUUCAAACACAUGUCAUGGCUGACAUUGCUCAAAAGCACAACAUGUGUGCCUUGGCUGAUCUCUGUCGUUUGCGAGACGAUGAAUUGAUGGCAGGCGGUGCUAUUCCUCUGCUCAAGAUGACUACAUUUGUCCGUCUGUUUGGUAAGCCUGCAGUCAUGUCACUCGAUUUUGAAGCAAGACCGUUGGAGGGAAUCGAGUGGUUUUUUCAGCAAAACAAGGUGAAACUAGAGCCCUUCUCGCCCACGCUGCCUGCCUUUAUCUCGCCAUCCAAUUCACCCCACCCAAGAACACAUCGCCUGUCAUCCGAUGUAUUGUCAAACGCCUCUUCUUCUCUUUCCAUUACUUCUCAAAUGGCUGCUUCUCCUGCUCACAAAGAAGACAAUACAGGCAUCAAAUUACCAAAACCAUCUUCAUUGCUGCUCAAGAGACUGGCGCCCAAGCAUGGCCACAAGAAGAAUUUGACCAUCUUGACACCAUCUUACAAUGACGAUGACGAGGACAGCGUCCAUCUCAACAGCAUUCAGUCGGCUCCUCUCAAGAGAUCAACUAUUCCACCUUUCCAUCACCUCCACAGCAGCAACAGCAGCAGCCAAAAGCACAAAAUCACCAAGCGCAUGUCGCCUCCCACUGCAUCAUUCCUGACCGUCAAGAGCAACAACCUUCGUCGUUUAGCUGUGCCUGCCACAGCAUCUGCUGUCUCGGCGCCUUGGCCCAAGACAGCCGCUCAAACACGAUUUCCUAGUCCUCCCAUUGUGCCAUCCCAACAACCAGCAUGGGGUCAAUACCGUCAACAGCAACACAACAAACUCAAGCCCACCAUCAAGACUGCAACAGUGCCAUAUUUCCCUCGUACGCCUACUACCACCACCACGCACCCGCCUGCAACGGCACCUACCACUUCAUCGCCUUCUGCUUCUUCAUUACCACAAAAACAAAAGUUUCUACAACCAUUUGAAUUCCUCUACGACCACAUUGAACAAACUCGCACUCUCAAGACAACCCUGGAUGAUCAAAUUCGCCGUUCAUCUUCAUUGAUGCAGACAUUGCAAUCCUCUGGCACCAUGGUCGAGUCUCUGGUGCGCCGUCAAGUGCGCGACAUGGUGGAUCAAAAGUUCGAGAGCAAAUUAAAGGAAUGCAUUGAAAGGAUUUCACGUUUAGAACACCGUGUGCCAGCCAAAGAUAUACCCAUCUCGCCUUCCGUGUCUCCUUCUCCUACUCGGUCCAAAAUGGCAAGCGUUACUGCAACAACCAACGAGCCUGUGCAAGACUUGCUGUCUCAGCUCAUGAAUCGAAUCGAUCAAUUGGAGAGCAAGCUGGAGAGACAAGCAUAA